AGCAGACUAAUCAAUCAGGUUGGUUUCUUCGCAUAGAAGUAGAGAUAGACAGCAGGAGAAAGAGACACCCAUGAAGGAUCAAAAGUUGCAAAGAGAGAAGAGAUAUAUCUGAGAAAAAGACUGGACCCUCUUUGUUUCUUUUUAGAUUCACUUUGACAAGAAAGCUUUGAUCUUUUGUCUCUCUGCACUCUUUCUCUCUCUCUCUCUCUCUCUCUUUCGUUCUCUCUUCGUGCCUCUUCUUCUCUUGGCAGGGUUGCUCCCAAGCCAAAAAAAACUUUAGCUCUUAAAACUCAUAGCCGAGCUGCUUCUGCUUUGGAGAAUGGUCUAAAGAACAAGUCUUGCAUGGCGAACCAUAGAGUUGGAGAGACAGGUUUAUCAGACUCAGGACCUUCAAAUCACCAUCACCAUAUUCCUUAUGCAGUUCUUCAUGGAAUGAAUGCUCCUACAAGUUUUAUCCAUCAAGAAGGAUCUGCGUUUGAUUUUGGAGAGCUAGAAGAAGCAAUUGUGCUGCAAGGAGUGAAAAUUAGAAAUGAUGAGGCUAAAGGACCUUUAUUCACAACAGGCAGACCUGCAGCUACUCUGGAGAUGUUCCCUUCUUGGCCAAUUAGAUUUCAGCAAACCCCAAGAGGAAGUUCAAAGUCGGGAGGGGAAAGCACAGACUCAGGAUCAGCAGUGAAUACUCUCUCAAGCAAAACUGAGAACCAGCUGGAACCAGAAUCUCCUAUCAGCAAAAAGGCAUCUUCUUCAGAUCAUCAGGCUUUUAACCAGAAGCCUCUGCAGCACCAACAGCAUCUACAGCAACACCAGCAGCAGCAGCAACAACGAUUAGAGAUGGCAAGUGAUACCUCAAGAACAGGAAUAUCACAGAAUCAAUCAGCCAAACCAACACAAGAAAAGAGAAGAGGUUCAACUUCUGAGAAACAGCUUGAUGCUAAGACACUGAGACGUUUAGCUCAAAACAGAGAAGCUGCAAGGAAAAGCCGUCUUAGGAAAAAGGCAUAUGUGCAGCAACUAGAAACAAGUAGAAUAAAGCUAACUCAACUUGAGCAAGAUCUUCAGAGAGCACGAUCUCAGGGAGUAUUCUUGGGAGGUUGUUCUGCUACAGUUGGAAAUAUCAGCUCUGGGGCUGCAAUAUUUGACAUGGAAUAUUCAAGAUGGUUAGAAGAUGAUCAGAGGCACAUGUCCGAGCUAAGAACAGGAUUGCAUGCCCACCUCUCCGACAGUGACCUUCGAGUGAUUGUAGAGGGCUACAUUUCUCAUUAUGAUGAGAUUUUCCGGUUGAAGGGAGUGGCUGCAAAAACUGAUGUUUUCCAUCUUAUAACUGGGAUGUGGACGACGCAGGCGGAGCGCUGCUUCCUUUGGAUGGGCGGUUUUAGGCCCUCCGAGCUCAUCAAGAUGUUAAUAUCACAAUUAGACCCGUUAACAGAACAGCAAGUGAUGGGGAUUUACAGCCUCCAGCAUUCUUCACAACAGGCAGAAGAGGCACUCACCCAAGGCCUGGAACAGCUCCAGCAGUCUCUAAUUGACACUGUUGCUGGCGGGCCAGGCAUUGAUGCAAUGCAACAAAUGGCUGUUGCCUUGGGCAAGCUUGCCAAUCUUGAAGGCUUUGUUCGCCAGGCUGAUAAUCUAAGACAGCAAACUCUUCACCAGCUGCCUCGGAUAUUGACUGUUAGACAGGCAGCAAGGUGUUUUUUGGUGAUCGGCGAGUACUAUGGGCGAUUACGAGCACUUAGUUCUCUUUGGGCGUCCCGUCCCCGAGAGUCCUUGAUGAGUGAUGAUCACUCAUGCCAAACAACAACAGACUUGCAUAUGGUGCAACCAUCACAGAAUCAUUUCUCAAACUUUUGAUAAAAAGAAAGAAUCCCACUAGCCAGCCUGAUCAGCAAUCACAAAUCCUGUAUUUUCACAGCCAUGCAAAUUGGAUUUCCCAUCAUCAAGCUACUUUAGAGGAGAUAGGCCCUUUCUUUUUCUGUUCUUUUUUUUUUUUUAUCUCUUUGAUUAUUAAGUUAUCCUUGUAAAUGAAAAAUCAAUUUUAAUGUGCAAUGAAGGGAGGAGCUUCUCUCUUUUCUUGAAAGAAAUUAAAUUAAGAGACCAUCAUGAACAAUGAAAGUUGAA